AUGACCGAAAUAGAUAUUGAAAGGAUUAUGUCACCACAUUACUUUAUACCACACCAUUGUGUGCUUAAACCCGACAGUACCACCACUAAGUUACGUGUGGUAUUUGAUGCAUCAUCCAAAACAACAUCAGGACAAUCUCUCAAUGAUUUACUACACAUCGGACCAACUGUUCAAAGUGAAUUACUGUCUAUUUUAUUACGAUUCCGUCUUCCUCGUUAUGUGUUUACAACAGACAUUGAAAAGAUGUACCGACAAAUACUUGUAUAUCCAGAAGACAGACAAUGUCAGCUUAUCGUUUGGAGAAAUGAACCAAGUCAACCGAUAAAGUACUUUCAACUCAACACAGUAACAUAUGGUACUAGAUCAGCACCGUAUCUAGCAACCAAAUGUUUGCAAGUUUUAGCUGAUGACAAUAUGCAAAAUUAUCCAUUAGGUGCAUCUGCUCUCAAACAAAACUUCUAUGUAGAUGACUGUUUACACGGGGCAGAUAGUCUGAGAACAUUGUUGGAAACUCAGAGUCAAUUAAACAAAAUACUGACAGCAAGCGGUUUUAAAUUGCGAAAAUGGUGCGCAAAUCAUCCAAGUCUACUACAAGGAAUUCCACACGAUGACCUAAAAGUCAAUUUAGAUUUAGAAAAUAAUAACGAUACAACAAAAACUCUGGGAUUAUCCUGGUGUCCAAAAUCUGAUAGUUUAUGCGUCAAGGUUAAAUUGGAACCUGUUUGCAGCACGACGAAGCGCAGUGCAACCUCAGAUUUAGCAAGGCUAUUUGAUCCACUAGGACUUUUGUCACCAGUUGUGGUGAUGGCAAAGAUCUUUAUUCAAGAAUUAUGGAAUUUAAAGAUGGAUUGGGAUGAAAAACUGCCGACUGAAUUACAGAAACAGUGGUUAGAGUUCCGGAACAAUUUGACAAAAGUAAAACCAGAUAUCUCGUCAUAUUUUCAAAGGCGAAGUUCCUGCCAACAUUCAAUUACACAUCUUUACAGAUGCAUCAGAAAAGGCAUAUGGUGCUGCAGCGUAUUUGAGAUCAACACUUCAGAAUGGUCAAAUCAUUGUACGACUAUUGUGCGCCAAAUCUCGGGUUGCACCUUUGAAAAGGUUGACAUUACCUCGUCUCGAACUUUGUGCAGCUGUGGUUGGCGCAGAACUAGCAACAAGAAUAAAGAACGACCUACAAAUAAGAAAUUACCAGACGUUCUUUUGGUGUGA